AUGGCAUUCAGAAGGACCUAUGAUCCAGGCUGGAAACUCUGUGUUGAAUGGAAACACCAAAUGGUUCUAAUCCCAACUCUGCUCAGCACCAGAGUCUCAACCUCUUUUCCCCCAAUUUACAACAAAGGGGAAGAAGAAUAUGAGGUUGAACAAAUCAUUGACUCUAAACAACAAAAGGGAAAAUGGUUUUACUUGAUUAAAUGGAAAGGGUACGGACCAGAGGACAAUUCAUGGGAACCUGAAGAACUGCUGGAUCACAGCCAAGAAGAGAUCAAGCGCUUCAACCAAGCUAGACUCAGAAAGGCUUGUGACGCCGCCAAGAGCCUUUAA